AUGACGAUGAAGACGGAGAGGACAGAGGCGUCUCGUGCGGUGAAGAUGGCGGUGAAUCUGCCCUUGUCGAUAAAUCUGCCAAUGCUUCUGUUGCGACUAACUGAGCUUGUUCGGGAAUACCUCCCUACAACCGCAAAAGAGGUUCAAAGGUUGACUGGGAUGGCAGCAGCCUUGAACAAAUUUAUAAGUCGGUCAAGUGACAAGUGCAGGGCCUUUUUCCAACUAUUGAAAAAGAGGGAGGGAUAUGAAUGGGGAGCAGAAUGUGAGCGGGCUUUCCAAGACCUGAAGAAGUACUUGGUAGCAUCACCACUUCUGUCAACUCCAGAGCUGGGAGAGUCUUUGAUUUUGUAUUUUGCAGUUUCUGAACAUGCAAUAAGUGCAGUGUUGCUAAGGAAUAGAGGACCCGAGCAAAUCCCUAUCUAUUACGUGAGCAAGACAUUGUUGGACGCAGAAAUGAGAUAUCUGCCACUCGAAAAGCUGGUCCUGGCACUUAGGACAACAGUAAGGAAGUUGCCACAUUAUUUCCAAAGCCACAAGAUUGUGGUUUACACAGAAUUUCCACUGAGGUCACUGCUACGAAGGCAGAUUUCUCGGGAAGAAUCUCGACGUGGUCAGUAG